CAAUGGCCAAUACAUAGCAUCAGUCAUCCAGGGUUUAUAUACAUCAUUUCUGGCAAACUAUUCAGUAUCAUUCGAUAGCAGUAGACCAAAAUGGCCAUCAUCAAUAACUUGGCCUUUCUUGCUUUAUUGGUUGUAACAUUAACAGUUGCAUUGGCUAGUGCCGAUGACCGAACGAAAACGGUGGAAUUCAACGUAAAACCCGGCGGAGAGGUCCACACGUUCUCCGAGAAAAUGGUAAACGAUAUUAGCUAGCUAGUUAUGCUAGCUAGCUGAUGCAUGAGCUAGCAACAACAUUCAGCUAGUAAAAAGUACUGCUAGUGAAGUCGUGUAUGCUGCAUUAUGUGCUCAGAACAAUUUUGGCGUCAUGGAGCUGUUGUAACUUACUAUUAGAUCAUGUUUGUGGCACAAAUAUGCAUACGAAUUGACUGUUUAGCCAAAGAGGGUUAGCCAGCAUGCUAACUUGCCGGAUAGUUCCCUGCAAGCUAUCGUGCUGUUGGAUAUUCACAUAGCUAUGGUAGCUAAUUCAAAUAACAAACAGGCAUAUGAUGGCACCACUCACAAAUGAAAUCUAAUUUAAACCAUCUAAAAAUAAUAAUAAUAACCAGAUGAUUUUUAAAAGGCUCUGGUCGUCGCAUGAUGAUGAGGCAACGACCUCUGAUAUGCUGACACGUCUCUACCAGAGUGCCACAAGGAGGACUUUCAUUGGUCUAGAAUAGAGCUAUACUUCCUCCAUGGUAAUUGUCCAGAGUCAAUAGCUGUGUUCGAAUACUAACCGUACUAUUUGUGACGUAAAUUUAGUAUGUAGUAUGCUUAUUGGUCAUAGUAUUGAUAUACACUGCUCAAAAAAAUAAAGGGAACACUAAAAUAACACAUCCUAGAUCUGAAUGAAUGAAAUAAUCUUCUUAAAUACUUUUUUCUUUACAUAGUUGAAUGUGCUGACAACAAAAUCACAAAAAAAUUAUCAAUGGAAAUCAAAUGUAUCAACCCAUGGAGGUCUGGAUUUGGAGUCACCCUCAAAAUUAAAGUGGAAAACCACACUACAGGCUGAUCCAACUUUGAUGUAAUGUCCUUAAAACAAGUCAAAAUGAGGCUCAGUAGUGUGUGUGGCCUCCACGUGCCUGUAUGACCUCCCUACAACGCCUGGGCAUGCUCCUGAUGAGGUGGCGGAUGGUCUCCUGAGUGAUCUCCUCCCAGACCUGGACUAAAGCAUCCGCCAACUCCUGGACAGUCUGUGGUGCAAUGUGGCGUUGGUGGAUGGAGCGAGACAUGAUGUCCCAGAUGUGCUCAAUUGGAUUCAGGUCUGGGGAACGGGCGGGCCAGUCCAUAGCAUCAAUGCCUUCCUCUUGUAGGAACUGCUGACACACUCCAGCCACAUGAGGUCUAGCAUUGUCUUGCAUUAGGAGGAACCCAGGGCCAACCGCACCAGCAUAUGGUCUCACAAGGGGUCUGAGGAUCUCAUCUCGGUACCUAAUGGCAGUCAGGCUACCUCUGGCAAGCACAUGGAGGGCUGUGCGGCCCCCCAAAUAAAUGCCAACCCACACCAUGACUGACCCACCGUCAAACCGGUCAUGCUGGAGGAUGUUGCAGGCAGCAGAACGUUCUCCACGGUGUCUCCAGACUCUGUCACGUCUGUCACGUGCUCAGUGUGAACCUGCUUUCAUCUGUGAAGAGCGAAAACGUCUUGGUGUUCUCUGGCAAAUGCCAAACGUCCUGCACGGUGUUGGGCUGUAAGCACAACCCCCACCUGUGGACGUCGGGCCCUCAUACCACCCUCAUGGAGUCUGUUUCUGACCGUUUGAGCAGACACAUGCACAUUUGUGGCCUGCUGGAGGUCAUUUUGCAGGGCUCUGGCAGUGCUCCUCCUGCUCCUCCUUGCACAAAGGUAGAGGUAGCAGUCCUGCUGCUGGGUUGUUGCCCUCCUACGGCCUCCUCCACGUCUCCUGAUGUACUGGCCUGUCUCCUGGUAGCGCCUCCAUGCUCUGGACACUACACUGACAGACACAGCAAACCUUCUUGCCACAGCUCGCAUUGAUGUGCCAUCCUGGAUGAGCUGCACUACCUGAGCCACUUGUGUGAAAGCACCGCCAGCAUUCAAAAGUGACCAAAACAUCAGCCAGGAAGCAUAGGAACUGAGAAGUGGUCUGUGGUCACCACCUGCAAAACCAGUCCUUUAUUGGGGGUGUCUUGCUAAUUGCCUAUAAUUUCCACCUGUUGUCUCUUCCAUUUGCACAACAGCAUGUGAAAUGUAUUGUCAAUCAGUGUUGCUUCCUAAGUGGACAGUUUGAUUUCACAGAAGUGUGAUUGACUUGGAGUUACAUUGUGUUGUUUAAGUGUUCCCUUUAUUUUUUUGAGCAGUGUAGUUCAUAUGCCAAAACUUCCCGGGUGUUGUACUACAUUCGCCAAAAUACGAAGUAUACAAGCAGUGGACACUAUUUACGUGCUUUUGGUCCCAUAAUGCAAUUCUUCCGAAAACGGGCGUGGCUUCACAACAGCUUCAGAUUUCAAGAAAGUGGUGGAAAAUAUGCAGCCGAAGUCCGACGAGAGCGGAUACAAAUUCAUUACUUUAACUAAUUAUGACAAAUGUUGAGCUAUGUAAUAAAGUAAUGCCUUUUCAAAUAAGUUACACGUUAUGUUGUCUGACAAUUUGUUAGCUUUGCUAGCCUUACGAACCGCAUAGCAUAUCAUUACAGCAGUUGCUUGUAUGUACCGGUAUAUGUUAUCUAGCUACCGUCCUAACGUUAGUUGGCUACUAAUACAUCGAACUUGCCAGUAUAUUAACUAUAUGCUAUCUAACUAACUACCCAACGUUUAUUGACUUGAUUAUACACGUCAUUCUUAGUUUAGCUAAGUGGUUUAGACGUUGUGCGUUCUCAAUGGACAUUGUUAAUGAAGUCGUAAAAUGUCUAACAAGCUGGCAAGAAGUUGCAUAGCAACAGCAUCAACUUCCAGUAGACAGGCGACGCGCUAGUACACUCAACUGAAAGGAUACUGAUCGUUUACAGUAUACUAAAAAAUGAACUAAUAGUAUAUAGUAUAUACUCAUUAAGUGUUCUUAGAUACAGCCCUUAGCCGUGGUAUAUUGGCCAUAUACCACAAACCCCCGAGGUGCCUUAUUGCUAUUAUAAACUGGUUACCAAUGUAAUUAGAACAGUGUAAAAAUAAAUGUUUUGUCAUACCGGUGGUAUACCAAGGCUGUCAGCCAAUUAACAUUCAAGGCUCGAACCACCCAGUUUAUAAUACCUAAUUUUAAACCGGGUAGUUUGGCUCCUGGAUGCUGAUUGGCUGAAAGCCGUGUUAUAUGAUGCCGCGUUCAAAACAACUGGGAACUCAGAAAUCUCAGACUUCCGACUUCAGUGCGUUAGACAACUGGGAACUUGGGAAAAAAAAAAAACGAGCUCCGACUGGGAAAAAUAGUUUUGAAUGGUCAUCCAACUUGGAAUUCCAUGUCGUAAACUCGGGCAUCUUUCUAGAGCUCAGACUUUCCGACCUGAAGAUGACUGACGUCAUGAUAUGACCUAGUUUUUUCUCAAGUUCCCAGUUGUCUUGAAGCACCAUGAGACAGUAUACCACAGGUAUGAUGCAAAACGACUUGUUUACUGUUCUAAUUACGUUGGUAACCUCUUUAUAAUAUCAAUAGCGCACCUCAGGGGUUUGUGGUAUAUGGCCAAUAUACCAUGGCUAAGGGCUGUAUCCAGGCACUCUGUGUUGCGUUGUGCUAAGAACAGCCCUUAGCUGUGGUAUAUUGGCCAUAUAACACAGCCCCUCGGGCCUUAUUGCAUAAUUAUAAACUGAAUGGUUCGAGCCCUGAAUGCUGACAGCCGUGGUAUAUCAGACCGUAUACCAGGUGUAUGACAAAACAUGUAUGUUUACUGUUCUAAUUACGUUGGUAACCAGUUUAUAAUAGCAAUAAGGCACCUCGGGGGUUUGUGAUAUAUGGCCGAUAUACCACGGCUAAGGGCUGUAUCCAGGCACUCCGCGUUGCGUCGUGCUUAAGAACAGCCCUUAGCCGUGGUAUAUUGGCCAUAUACCACACCUCCUCGGGCGUUAUUGCUGAAAUAUACAAUAGUAGCCUAUGCAUUUUUGAAAAUCAAGUGCCCCUAUUUAUUACAAAUUGCAGAUCUUUGAGAUAAUAAUGAGCAUUGUUUGACUCCCAAAGAUCCCAUUUGACUUCCAAACAAUUAGGCCUACAAAUAAUGAACACACAUUUGUCUUGUCUAUUAAUUAUGUUCAUUCCUGGCUCCAUUUAAUCACCAAGAAAAUGUAAUUAAUGUCUACAAUUCCUACUACUUUCACAGAGAGAAUAUGAAUGUUCAUUCACUUAUGCAUCACAAGGGGGAACCAACGAGGUAAGUUGUAUCCUAAUUAAAGUUGAGGUUUUUUCAACCUAAUAAAUAGGACAGUUCAUUCUAGUCUAGUGUUGAAACAUAGGCUACCUGCUGUAAACUGAUUAAUAGGUUUCUAGUGUGAAGUGUAAAACUAAAUUCUAAUGUAGAUCACCAGAAAGUACAUUUCAACCUUUGUCAGAAUACAUAAUCAAAAUCAAAAUAUUGAUAUUCUAAUAACAUAUAUUCAUGUUGUGUUGUUUUAACAGCAAUGGCUGAUGAGUGUGGGCCUGAGCGAUGACGACGGCCUGUUCUCCUGCUCAGUGUGGAGGUAAGCUGUAAAUCCGUCUGUGAGGUUACACUCUGAACAAUGGAUGUUAGGAUGCAGAGAUAUCCAUGUACACUGAAUUACUUACUCAUUCAAGUGUCGCAUGGUGGUUAUUCACCCGAGAUGUCCCAGUUCAAUCAGUUCCAGUUUGUCAUCUUGACUUUGUCUAAUAAAUAACUAAUAGCAGAAUCAACAGACUUCUGUAGUGAUUUAAUCUGUCUUCAUUUUGAUUUCUUUCUUCCUUUUUGUUGAUAGACCCCAGGGGAAGUCCUACCUGUUUUUCACACAGUUCAAGGCAGAGUUGAAAGGAGCCAAGGUUGAAUAUGCCAGCGCAUAUGUAAGUAUCCAACAUACAGAUGGGUCAUCUAAUUUGCUAUCCUAUCUGCAUUUCUACAUAAUAAUGCAUUGGAGCAGAAACUUUGCUAACAUGUUUUGUUGUAUAAAGUAGAUAACGUAUCUGUCCAAUAUCAGCAUAUCGUUGCUGUAGCAUUGACUUGUCUUCCCCUCUGGUCUCCUGGUUCAAGUGCGCUAUUGUCUGUCUCAGUGAAAAUGAGGUAAAACUGCACAUCACCAUGGAAACAUUUCUUCUGAGUUUCCGGUGUGUUCCUACACAUUUUCUGACUUCUGUCUGUCUUUAUCCUGAUUUACUGGCAAGCUAAAUCAAAGCUAAUAUAGGGUUUAUAUGGGUAGAGAUGAUCAAAGAGAUUGUUAUGGCAACACACAUAGGUACAUCCCCUAUGCAUUUAUUUGGACAGUGAGGCUAAAAGUUUUAAUUUGGCUCUAUACUCCAGCAUUUUGGAUUUGAGAUCAAAUGUAUUAUAUGAGGCGACAGUACAGAUUGUCGCCUUUUAUUUUAGGGUAUUUUCAUACAUAUCUGUUUUACCGUUUAGAGAUGAAAGCACUUUAUGUAUCUAGUCCCUCCAUUUGAAGGUAUCAUUCAUUUAGGACUAUUUUCAGCUGGCGUUAAACCAGCGCAAUUUUCAAAUGCAAGCUUGUCUGCAAUUUCGACCUGUUAAAGUCGGCGCUCUUCUGUUUUCAAACCCUAGCGCCAGGAUUGGUAAUUUACCUGAGCUCGCUUGCGUUGAGGUGGGAGAGGUGGCAAUAUCUGAGAUGUGUCCUUAAAAACGUGCGACAAAGUGCCAAUUUCAGGCAGCGCUGGUGGGGAUAUUUAAGACCAACCAAAAGCUGGUCUUAACGGUUGGUUAUGGCAUGGAUUUUGACAGCGGAAGCGCAGCCUAUCCAGCUGUGACGCACAUUGCCCAUAUGUACAUGGAACAAGAUAGAUUUUUGUGUCCAUAAACCUGAUAUUUAGAAACAUAAAAAACACAUUUGUUUUCCCAUUUAAUGUUAUUAAAAACCAUAGCCUCCCCUCCUCUCAACGAAGGCUGUUUUUUUGGGGGUCCUGCCCAAUGCAUUCACCAAGUAGUCAAUACUAUCAUAAAGGGUUUGACUCAUGAGACUGCUUUGAAAUGUAUCUUAAUCACCAAAGCUUAAUUAAAAUAUAACGUUUGGGAGUAUCCUCUUUUUACUGUAUCUAUGUAGGCAAUUGUACAUUAUUUUAGCCAGCUCCUAUUAUUCUUUUGGAUGUGCAUAAAACCCCCUCCAUGUUGGCUAUAUGACCAUCAUGGAACUACAGAUGAGAUGAUCCAUUGACACUCGUAUUUAGAAACAUUGAAGUUAUUUUCCUGUAACAAUUGCUUGUUUUUCGUUUGAUUAAAAAACAAGCCCUUAUAGGCUACCCUUACCCUACUAUAAUGAAAGCUGGUUCAACAGCAAUGCAUCUAGUAUCUUUCUUAUCCUGGCCAUGCAUUAGCCAAAUAGCCUAUCCAUAAAAGGUUUCUAAGUGGUCUACUCGUGAGGCUUUUGCCUACAUGCUUUUGCAUUAUUCAUAAUUCACAUAGGCCUAGCUGCAGUGCAAAGGCUACUCCAUUCGGCUUGUAUCCAUCCCCAGAGCGUCUGCUAAAUGACCAAUUAUUAUUAUUAUUAUUAUUUUCAAAGAGCGCCUCUUGUCCGGUUACCAAAGACGCACUCCUCCAAACUUAUUCAAAUGAUUCAGUCCUGUAAUCGCCCAGAGGUGGGACCAAGUCACUAUUAUUCGAGUCACAAACAAGUCUCAAGUCACAAGGUCAGAGUCUCAAGUCGAGUCCCAAGAAGAAAGGGAUAAAGUCCAAGUUGUACAUUCAAAGAGCAAGUCGAGUCAAGUUUUUUCAAGUCAAGUAAAAAAAAUCUAUACAUGCAAUGACUUGUUCACCUACAAAUCGAAACCUUGGGACUAUAGUUCUAUCUGAUGUUUUUGUAAAAAAUGAGUUAGUCACAUAAUAGAUCUUUAGAUGAUUCUUCAUACCAGAUAGAACUUUCUAGUUUGGAAAUUUUCACUUACAAUUUACUUUGUUGAAAAAAUCUAACUUCACAGACAAAAUGAAAAACUAGAAAGUUCUAUCUGCAUUAACCCAUUUUAACUUGGCACUAUAAGGUUCUAUCUGCAAUCCAAUCACCAGCUUGAACAAAUACAGACGGACCCAUCAGAACACAUCUUUGCCAUCUCCCACUAAGUAUGGUCUAGGCUAGUCUAGCCAGCAUAAAAAAAAACUGUCAGAAAUCUUAAAGUAAAUGAUGGCACAUCAUUGUUCAGUGAUGGCAGUAAUUUGUCUGAUGAUCAUAUAAUACAUUUCUUAAUGUAUUUGAUGUAUUCUGACUAUCUUGGUAAAAGUGUUAUUCAAUCAUUUUUAUUUUUUAUUUUUUAUUUUAGUCAUUUAGCAGACGCUCUUAUCCAGAGCGACUUACAGUUAGUGCAUACGUUUUCAUACUGGCCCCCCGUGGGAAACGAACCCACAACCCUGGCGUUGCAAGUGCCAUGCUCUACCAACUGAGCUACACGGGGCCAUUUAUGUAUUCAAAUGGCUACAGUUUUCUUAAAAACGGAACAUGUCUAAUUCAGAAGUGUCAGAUAGAACCUUCUGGUGGAACCCAGAGUGACACGCACACAGGGUCAACAAUCGCUGCGUAAAUGUAGCCUGUCAUUAGUCAUAAACGGUGAUGCAUUUUCAAAAUGCAAGAUACAGAAAUUAACUGCAUUUUAGACCUGCAUUUUGAGCUGAAUGUCAUUCAUAGCGGUCAAUAUCAACUGGCGAUAUCAUGUAACAUUGUUACUUCUCUGGAGUCCAGAGCAAGCAGGAUCAUAUGGCCUACCUGUAUGAGGCGGGGGUUGCAGGAUCAGAUGGAAAGCAUGAUCUGUAGCCUUUUUCUUCCUCACAAAUAUUGUAAUUAAUUUGCCAUAAUUAAGGAACUCUGGAGCUCUGUCAGAGUGACCAUCGGGUUCUUGGUCACCUCCCUGACCAAGGCCCUUCUCCCCAGAUUGCUCUGUUUGGCCGGGCGGCCAGCUCUAGGAAGAGUCUAGGUGGUUCCAAACUUCUUCCAUUUAAGAAUGAUGGAGGCCACUGUGUUAUUGGGGACCCUCAAUGUCUGUUGGUACCCUUCCCCAGAUCGGUGCCUCGACACAAUCCUGUCUCGGAGCUCUACGGACAAUGCCUUCGACCUCAUGGCUUGGUUUUUGCUCUGACAUGCACUGUCAACUGUGGGACCUUAUAUAGACAGGUGUGUUCCUUUCAAAUCAUGUCCAAUCAAUUGAAUUUACCACAGGUGGACUCCAAUCAAGUUGUAGAAACAUCUCAAGGAUGAUGGUGGUCCUCUGUAGCUCAACUGGUAGAGCACGGCGCUUGUAACGCCAAGGUAGUGGGUUCAAUCCCCGGGACCACCCAUACACAAAAAUGUAUGCACGCAUGACUGUAAGUCGCUUUGGAUAAAAGCGUCUGCUAAAUGGCAUAUUAUAUUAUUAUUAUUAUAUUAUGAUCAAUGGAAACAGGAUGCACCUGAGCUCAAUUUCGAGUCUCAUAGCAAAGGGUCUGAAUACUUAUAUAAAUAAGGUAUUUCUGUUUUUUAUUUUUAAUACAUUUGCAAAAAAUUCUAAAAACCUGUUUUCGCUUCGUCAUUAUGGGGUGUUGUGUGUAGAUUGAUGAGGAACAUUUUUAAUUUAAUCAAUUUUAGAAUAAGGCUGUAACGUAACAAAAUGUGGAAAAAGUGAAGGGGUCUGAAUACCUUCCGAAUGCACUGUACUAUACAAUUUACGGGAGCCUAGUAUUUGUGUUUUAUUUGAGAAGUGUCAAGGCCUAUAAUCGUUGAAGUAAAUUACAACAAUGUUGACUGCCAACACUCCAAACAUAUUGAGCAAACACUGGAUGUUUCUUUUUUUUACUAUGACUCUUUACUGUAGUCUAUGCUAUUUAAUAAACUGUAUCAAUCCACAAUGGAUUAGAAAGAGAAUAUUCCGGAGUUGAUGACAACGCAAAGACAUCAAUAACAGAAUUUGAGACAAUGGCUAGAUACCCAUAGACUUCCUUGCAGUCAUUGUGCUAACGCUAGUUAACAUUGGCACGCGAAACUACUAACUUUUCUUCAUACUGGACACAGAGACAUAAAAAUGGUAUCCACAAGUUCAUCUGACUCUGGGGAAGUAUUGUAUAUAAAGGGCCUCAUUGCCAAAAUCCCAAAGUAUCCCUUUAAGCCAUCAAAACCCAGCCAUUUCAUGGAACUCAUAAUUCCUGCAGUGAAAAUAGCUAAAAUAUUUCUGAUUUCUAUAGCCGUAGUGCCAUCGCUAAGAUUGACAUUGCAUUAGGUUUGUUAAAAUAGACCCCAUAGUGUAGGCCUAUUAAAUCAAUCAUGAUUAUCCAUAAUCAUGUUAGCAUCCACAUGAAUGUAGAAGUGUUCAGAAACAUUCUAUUCUUAAUUACAAUAAAAGUGACUCCAAAAUGACACAAUACAUUAUUUACCAUUCAUUUCUAUUGGGCACAACAACAUCUGAAACACAACCAAAACAAACUGCAAAUGCAUCUAACUACUUUGUAGAGUCACAAGCUUGAUGUAGUCAUUGUGUGCUAGGAAUAUGGGACCAAAUACUAAAUGUUUGACUGAAUGUAAUACACUAUAAGUGAAUUUGUCCAAAUACUUGACUCCUUCACAUAGGGGGGGACUAGAUGACCUACAUAAAGUGCUUUAAUUUCUAAACGGUAAAACAGAUAUGAAUGAAAAUACCCUCAAAUAAAAGGUGACAUUCUGUACUGUCAUCUCAUAUAAAACACUUGAUCUCAAAUCCAAAAUGCUGGCGUAUAGAGCCAAAUUAAAAGAUUGAAAGAAGUGAGUCUUAUUCAGUACAUUUAGUAAUUGCUAAAGUCUACCAGUUGUCCUCUGUAGCUCAGCUGGUAGAGCACGGCGCUUGUAACGCCAGGGUAGUGGGUUUGAACUCCGGGACCACCCAUACACAAACAUUUAUGCACGCAUGACUGUAAGUCGCUUUGGAUAAAAGCGUCUGCUAAAUGGCAUAUUAUUAUUAUUAUUAUUAUUAUUAUUAUUAUUAUUAUUAUUACCAACCUUGCCAUUAGGCAUCCCAGCUAAGAUAGACAAGCUAACUACUCUAACUUGAUUGAUAGCCUGAAAUUGCUUCUUGGUAGUUAGUUAUGAGGUUGGGAGAUUGGGAACCUAUCUGGGCUAGCUAAAGCAAACAUUAUAAAAUUGCUAGGUGGCUAGUAGUAUUACAGAGAAACGACAACAAAAAAUGCAACAAUCUUUUUUUUUUUUUUUUAACAGGACAAAUCUGAGGGGGCACGGGCCCCUGUGUCCCCUUAUGGGCUCUGUAGGGGAGUGUAUUUGAGAGAACUAUAUGUAUUGCAGUCAGAGAAUACAUUGUUAGCAUGUUGCAUUCAGAUCUAACAAUUUAUUAUUCUCCCAAGUAAAUGCUGCUGUGUUCAGGCAACUGUCUCAGAUUAGUCGCAUCACAUGUAAAUUGCACGCAGUGAUUCCCAAAACUGUUUGUGCUGCGACCCACCCACCAUAAGCUUUUGUUAUCUCCCUCUGAUUUACUAAGUAAACUAGACCAGUGAUUGUAGUCACGACCCAGUUUCCCACCACAACUCCACAUGAAUCAAUGGCAACUCACCAGUGGUUCCCAAAACUCCAUUCAGGGAAACACUGUUCUGAAACAUUGUUCUGAAACACUGUUCUGAGGAGUCUGACAGGGGAGGAGGCUUUGUACAUCGCAGCACACACCGCUCUCCCACAGGGCUCUCCUUGAACAGCCUCCCUCGCAAGGACAAAGCCCCAGACAGAUACUGUCACCAGAACAGCACUCUUCAACCUCUCCUCCUGCCGGCACUGUCCCCUGUGAAAAGACAGAGAGAAAAAAUAACACUCACUAAAUGUUGUGAUAAAAAUAUCCAGCGCUCCUAAAAAGCAAAGCAACUUCUCUACCUUGUCACUCCACUGUAACUCUCCUUGCCUCUGCCAUGAUGAGUUUCUCUUUUUUCCAUUCACCAACCCUUUCCCUUGUUUGUUAUUUAUUUUCUCGUCAAUCCCCUGCUCUCAUCUCUGCCCGUCAUCGUCUCUACAGUCCCAGACUGCAGCGGGAGGACAGAGGGAUGUGACUUUGAAGGAAGAUGAAUUCACUGUGGGAGAUUCUACAGGUGAGAUGACUAGUCUGCUUACUGCUGAUCUACUGCACUCCAUCUGUCUGUCACAGCAGCUCAAAACUCUUCUUUUUUUUUUUACCCAAUUGUCUGGAAUGAAGAGUUUCCUACAAAAGUGGAUGGAAUUAUACUAUGUUGUUGUUGACAUUCUGCCAUCAUUGCUACGAUUUUCCAAUAUGAAGAUUUAAUCUACAAUAUAUUAUAACAAUUUACUGAAUGUUGUUUUUGAUUGAACGUUGUACUUGUGUUAUGAUUCCCACGGGGGGCCAGUAUGAAAAGAUAAAAAGAUAGUGUAAGUCGCUCUGGAUAAGAGCGUCUGCUAAAUGACUAAAAUGUAAAUGUAAUGAUGAUGUGGUAACUAAUUUCCUCUCCCAUCGCCCUUCCAGUGACCCACAAAGAUGGGAAGUUCCGCGCUGAGCUCUCCAAACUGACCAUUAUUGGCCGGACACGACACGAUGAGCUCUGAUUGGCUGGAAAUUUGAAUGACUAUUGUCAUAUCGUCCAAUCGUGACACCCAGGCGAGCUCUCAAGACUGGCCAAUGUACCCUACUGUCCACUACAAUGGCAAAUGGACGGCAUUCAAACACAAAGGACGAUACAGUAAUGAGUUACAGCCUGUCAGCUUGGUGGUCUACAACUUUACUGUUCAAUAAGUCUAUCGUUUAUUUUUUAUAUUUUUUUUUAGGAAUAUGGCUUUACUGUAUGAGAAUGUAUAUGGGGAUGGCUGAUCUUGGUGGGUGUAGAGAGAUGUAGGGUCAGAGGAUUUAUCAUUCUUAUGCUAAGCCAGGGAAAUGUGAGUAAUCUAUUGGCUUCAUCGUGCACACGUAAACACAAUUAUGUUUUUCCAAUCUGCUGCUUCUCUCUGCAAGUAAAUGGUUAACACAGACAGAGUAGAGCAGUGAGCCCAGUUUCUCUGUGCUUUUGAUCUAGAUAGAGCAUGGAGCACCUGAUUCAACCAACCAAUCAUCAUUCAAUGCGGUUGAUUAAGUUUUACUCCCUCCUUUCUCACUCCUACCAACAGUCUUAAUGAAGCUAGGUUGAGUUUUAGAACAGAUGCUAAUUUGGCCCACCAGGAUUAGAGAUGUACUGUCUUGCAUUGAUGUAUGGGAAAGUUAGUUAGCAGCACGUACCAUAUCCAUCCAGGUUUAUCCCUGUCUGUCCAGAGGAGGACCUCUGUGUUGAUAGUGGAGUCCCCCUCCUCACCAGCGAGAGUCCCUGGGGUCCCAACAGGAAAUGCCACAAGGCGCUGACAGGCAUCGAGAGACAGACAAACAGAAAGUUACUUAUUUUUUAAAUUGUAUUUUCUACUCUGUGUUCUGAUUCACAGUGUGCAACUUAUGCUCCAAUAAAAGUCAUGUCUGGGAAUGUGAAAUGUUUGUUCUCAUGUUUUGUUUUGACAGAGCUGUGCUUGAUCAGAAAGUCCCUGCUUCGUGAUGGUUGUCAGCUUGGAUUACUUUCAGAAAAGUUCAGUGUGCUGAUGUUUUACAGUGCACACAUUUUCAGUUCAGUAGAUUCCAUAGACCUACAGUGUAACUUAAUGUUCCACAUAAGAAUGGAGCUAUUACGCAAAGUAAUUCAAAAUGCUUAAAGUUUUUGGACAUUACAAAUGUAUAUGUGUGCACAUCAGUCUUGGCAAUACAUUGUUUUCCCUUCCUACUACAAUGGCACCUUUUAUUUGCCAAUGUUUCACUUUCUGUGUUGGCCUCUCUCUAACCAAACUAUAAACACGUAAUUACUAUUGUCCAUCUGUUACUACUAGAACUGUUUACUUUGAACUUUCCUGUGUCUAUUUAACCAUCAGAAAACAUAGCCAGAGCCAACAUUGUUUAAAAUUGCAUUGUCAUGUAUUCCUAAGAUCCCUGAUUAGAACCAUGUUUCCAGUCCCAAAUGUAUCUGCUGAAGUACAUGUCAAGUCCACAAGAGGGCAUCAAAUUAAACACUUAUGAUCUACAACAUUCAAUGACAUUUUACAACAACUGUGAUACAUUUAGAUUGCUUCUGAACUACGGACACGAUGAUACGACCCAAUGAGUGAGUCAUGACUUCUCUCUCAUAAAUGCUCUCAGACAGUUUGGCCUGCAUUUCCCUGUCUCUCUUUCUUCCUCUGUAUCUCCUGACUGACAUUUACAGGGAACAGAUGGUGCUUGUGGAGGAGGAGGUUCAGGCUAGAGGCAGUGGAAAUGCAAUAGUGUCACCACCAGGGGCCCUUUGA